CCUAAACCAAAUCUUAGAUCUUCAAUCCACUUUCUCACCAUGAAAAAUUACCAUAAUACCCCCAUCCUCCCCGAACGAAAACUCUUAAUCUUACUAUCCUUAACCGCCGUAAUCGCCGGUACCCUUCUCCUCUUAACCUUCACAAACACCACCACUUCUCGUUUCUUCUGCACCCGACCCGACAACCCGUUCCACUCCAAACCCGACCCGACCCAGCUCAGAUCAAUCCUCCACUACGCCACAUCUCGGAUCGUCCCACAACAAUCUUUCUCCGAAAUCACGGUUUCUUUCGAUGUUUUGCGAUCGAUUGGGCCGUGUAAUUUUCUGGUGUUUGGGUUGGGUCAUGAUUCGUUGAUGUGGGCAUCGUUUAAUGCGAAUGGGAAAACGGUGUUUUUGGAAGAGGAUCCGACGUGGGUUCAGACGGUGUUGAAAGAUGCGCCGGAGCUUAAUGCGGCGGUUGUUAAGUACCGGACGAAGUUGUCGGAAGCGGAUGAGCUUAUGCGGACGUACCGGUCGGAACCGGAGUGUGCUCCGGCGAAGUCUUACAUCAAGGGGAAUGAUAAGUGCAGAUUAGCACUUACAAGUUUACCCGAUGAAGUGUACGAGACGGAGUGGGACAUGAUAAUGGUGGACGCGCCGCGGGGUUACUUUGCGGAGGCGCCGGGGCGGAUGGCGGCGAUAUAUUCCGCAACUGUGAUGGCGAGAAACCGGAAGAAAUCCGGUGUGACGCACGUGUUUUUGCACGAUGUGAAUAGGAAGGUGGAGAAGGCUUAUGCUAAUGAGUUUUUGUGUCAAAAGUAUCGCAAACAUUCUGUUGGUCGCUUGUGGCAUUUUGAGAUACCGCCGGCGAGUAAUACGACGGUCAACGACGGCGCGUGGUUUUGCUAGAUUGUGUGUUUUUGUAUUUUAUUUGUCAUUUUUAAUGUAUUUUUCCGACAUCAUUAUACCAUUUACUAUGUUCAUUCAUUAUACCACUUACUAUUUUCCUUCA